UUCCUGUCGACACUUCCAAGGUUCCAUUCUCACCCUUAUUCAUUUCCUUCCCUAGAUUGCUUUCUUUCCUUUGAUUUUGUUUAAUACUGUUUUUCUUUCUUCCUCUCCCGCUCAGCUCGUCAUGAGCUCGCAGCGCUAUACCCGGGUGAAUGCCCAAGAUGAAGAAGAUAACACCCAAUCUUAUCCGCUUCACCCUACACGAUCAAACCUCUCACCAAAUUCUCCGCCUCCCUCCUUCCGUUCCCGGUCCUCUUCGCCAUCAUCGAGACGACUACUGCAUGGCGACCCUACUCGACAGGAUGAAGAUGAUAACGCCCUAGCCGAUGCCUUUGGGAGCGAAGAUGAUUCCGACGACGAGGAAGAGCCUGAUGACCGACAACGGCUGAUGCGUGCCAACCCGGAUCCCUAUAGUCCCGCGGAUAACGGUCAGACCGCCACCUCCUCCUCGUCGGAAUCCAGAACCGAGAGCCAAGACCGGUCAGCGGUGGCGGCAAUGACUCGACGGCCAACGAUAUUACCGACUUUUACUACCACGUCGGGCAACAGUCGGUCGGUCGCGCAAUCAAAUGAUGGUGUCUUUGCCAAUCUAGCAGCCAAGCCGGAACGGGGAGAAAAGAAUGAGGACUUGCCUCCUUCUUAUGAGGAAGCCGCCGCCGAUGCAACCCCGCCCUACUGGGAGACCACGAUUGUGGCCCCCGGUAUCUCUUCCGAUGAAGUCUACGUCGAUGGACUCCCCGUUGGAUCAAUAUUCUCGUUUAUUUGGAAUGCGAUGAUUUCGAUGUCGUUCCAGCUGGUCGGAUUCCUUCUGACUUAUCUUCUCCACACAACUCACGCCGCAAAGAAUGGCAGCCGAGCCGGUCUCGGUCUCACCCUGGUUCAAUACGGCUUCUACAUGAAGGGAGGCAGCGACUCUUCCACUUCUGAUGGAAGUGGAGGUGAUUCAUACGUCCCGCCACCCGACCCCAACAGCCAUAAUUUUGAUCCCAACUCGGUGGGAGAUACUGCUGGAGGUGAUAGUGGAUCCAUGGCCGGCAUCAGUACCAGCGAAUGGAUUUCAUAUAUUCUCAUGAUUGUCGGUUGGUUCAUUCUUAUCCGCGCUGUGAGCGAUUUCUUGCGGGCUCGUCGCCAUGAGCAGCUUGUGUUACAAAGUCCGGAUCGUGGUCUUGGUGUACCUAUCAUUGCUGAGGGAGAGCGGUCUGAAACCGUCGUCUAAUGUUCAUGGGAUUGUCUGGAAACUGGGAUAGGAUUUGUCAUUUGCGGCGCUAACAGGACUUGGAGUUCUUCACUUUCAUUUGUAUGAACACCCCAUCUUGCGGAGGACUCCCUCCUUUUAUUACAUCAUUCUACUAUGCAUUGUGCGCUUUACUUUAUAUUUAUAGCCGUGUAGCCACGCGGGAGAUACCACCUGUUGAAUACGUCAACCAAUCAAUUUUCUUUUUCUCGUUGAA